CUUCCAUUUAUUCCUUCAAAUUCAAUCAAACCAUCAUUUCCACCCGUUCCUUCCCUCCUUUUACCUCACAACACAAACACCAAAAAAAUCAAAACCCUAAAUUUUCCAUAAUUUACCCAAGAAAAUGAGAGAAAUCCUCCACAUCCAAGGCGGACAAUGCGGGAACCAAAUCGGCGCCAAAUUCUGGGAAGUAAUUUGCGACGAACACGGAAUCGAUCACACCGGAAAAUACAACGGCGAUUCUGAACUUCAACUUGAACGUAUCAAUGUUUAUUACAAUGAGGCAAGUGGUGGAAGGUAUGUUCCACGCGCUGUUCUUAUGGAUCUUGAGCCUGGUACUAUGGAUUCCGUUAGAUCCGGUCCGUUUGGUCAGAUCUUUCGUCCUGAUAAUUUUGUGUUCGGUCAGUCUGGUGCUGGGAAUAAUUGGGCUAAAGGUCAUUAUACCGAAGGCGCUGAGCUUAUUGAUUCUGUUCUUGAUGUUGUUCGUAAAGAAGCUGAGAAUUGUGAUUGCUUGCAAGGAUUUCAAGUGUGUCAUUCAUUGGGAGGUGGCACGGGUUCAGGCAUGGGAACACUUUUGAUUUCGAAGAUUCGAGAAGAAUAUCCGGAUCGUAUGAUGUUGACGUUUUCGGUGUUUCCUUCACCUAAGGUGUCUGAUACGGUUGUAGAACCGUAUAAUGCCACGCUUUCUGUUCAUCAGCUUGUUGAGAAUGCGGAUGAAUGCAUGGUGUUGGAUAACGAGGCUCUUUAUGAUAUUUGUUUCAGGACUUUGAAGCUUGCUACACCAACAUUUGGUGACCUUAACCACCUCAUUUCUGCCACCAUGAGUGGAGUUACUUGUUGUCUACGUUUCCCUGGACAACUGAACUCUGAUCUUCGUAAGCUUGCUGUCAAUCUUAUCCCAUUCCCUCGGCUCCAUUUCUUCAUGGUUGGGUUUGCACCCUUGACAUCAAGAGGAUCCCAGCAAUAUCGUGCUUUGACUGUACCAGAAUUGACUCAGCAGAUGUGGGAUUCAAAGAACAUGAUGUGUGCUGCUGAUCCACGCCAUGGCCGUUAUUUGACCGCAUCAGCAAUGUUCCGUGGUAAGAUGAGCACAAAGGAAGUAGAUGAGCAGAUGAUCAAUGUGCAAAACAAGAACUCUUCAUACUUUGUUGAGUGGAUACCAAAUAAUGUUAAGUCCAGCGUAUGUGAUAUCCCACCAAAGGGCCUUAAGAUGGCAUCAACUUUCAUCGGUAAUUCAACUUCGAUCCAGGAGAUGUUCAGGAGAGUUAGUGAGCAGUUCACAGCUAUGUUUAGGCGCAAGGCUUUCUUGCAUUGGUACACUGGUGAGGGAAUGGACGAAAUGGAGUUCACUGAGGCUGAGAGUAACAUGAAUGAUCUUGUUGCUGAGUACCAGCAAUACCAGGAUGCAACUGCUGACGAAGAAGAUUAUGAGGAGGAGGAAGAAGAGGAAGGUGCUGCUUAAAGCAUCUCUUGAUUUGUCAAAAUUGUUCCAAAUAUAUAAAUAUAGUUGGCUUUGGCUUUGCGCGAGUGGUAUAUGUUAAGAUUGUGAAGCAGUCAAAUUAGAUUGACUCGAUAGUGUGUAUGUUUGUAUUAAUUACAUCGUCUAAACUGGGUUUUGCUGUCAAUGCUUUUGUUCUUGACAUUAAAGUCUUGGAUGUUUGUAAUAAUGGGUUACAUGUUAAUAUGCAUCAAAGUAAAAUGAUCUCGUUUGCUUUUAUUA